CAUCCUGUUUCACCGCAAACAUCGCCGACGCAAGCCUUGUUCUCCACGGCAAUCGACUCCGCUUGGUCGAAUUACAUACAGAGGAGACCACUCUCGAGGUCAUCAGACCUAAUCUCGUUCUAGGACGGCCGUCCCGACUUGGGCCUGGCCGUGGCUCGUGGCAGCCUCAUGGAGGUAGACCGCACAAUCGAAAUCCGAGGGGAAGAGAGGGUAGUGAGACAGCAGCGGAAGAACCACAUCCGCGGGAUACUGCUAAUCAGCCAGCUGUUGAGAAAGGGUACCACCGAGGCAGCUGGAAAACCUGUGCAAUCUGUGGUUGCUGAUGAAGUUGAGCUCCUCGAAAAGGGUAGAGAGCACGUUGAAGGCAUCCGAGAGAGAGCAUCGAAACGCGGGAAACGACAGCCUGCUGCUGCUGCUGCUGCUUCAUCUGCUGCGGCGAAGAAGGCGAAGCGCAAGGGGGCGGACGCAGCUCUCUCCGACCCUCUAGCAUUGGCUCAUGAUGGCGGGACCAGAAGCGGUGCUACCCCAGAGACUUCGAGGGAGGAAGCGGUUGCGGAGGAGCGUCGUUCCAGCGCGAUGGAUUUGAUGCAGAACGACCCCGUGUUGAUGGAGCGAGUACGGGCCAUGCUGGAUGCUGGCGCGGCAGAGCAGGCAGCAGCUAAGGUGGCGGCGAUCGACGCGGCCAACACUCGUGCACUCCGCGCGUCGUUGCAAGCGCUGAAGCAGCACUGCAACAGCUCGAUAGGGUGGACCACUUACCAGACAGCGCUCGCUGUAGCAGCCGGAGCGGGAGAGCACACGUGUACUGACACGGACGUGUGCCACCCCGGCCAGCGGUGCAAGCCCGUUGAGUCUGG